AAUUUUUUAUUUCAUAUGUUACCAUCGUUUUUUUCUCUCUGUCUUGUAGACUAACCAACUUUUCUUCAUUCCAUCUCUUUACUUUGCUUUUACCAAACUUUUCUGUCUUCCUCUGCCUAACCUUCCUUUAUUGUUCCGUCAUUUUGACCAUUGAUACUAAUAUGACCGCCAUUCAAGCACCUUAAUACAAUUUUUUAAAAAAAAAACCCUCUUUUUAUCUCUACUAUUUCUGUGCACCAAUACGUUUCAUGGCGGUGUAACUUGUCAGCUCUAGAUCUGUGAUUCUAUUAUUGUUCCUAUUGCCAAAAGAACCCAGAUAUUGGAGUUUUUGACUGAAUGAAUCGUUUGGGAUCUAAGAUGCAAGAGAUUUUAAUUUACUGGUUUUGACUGGAAAACAAAGAAAAGGGGGUUUCUGGAUCUGUUCCCAGAAGUCGAGUUCUGGUUUUAAUAGGUGUUUCAAAAGAUGCAAACAAGAAUUGGGUCGGUUGGGUCAUUAGAGGAAGGCAAGGAUCCGGUGAUUACAACUAGGACAAGCCAAUCUAAGACUCUGCCAUUGAGGGCACUUCAGUUGUUUGGGUUCUUUCUUGCCCUCUGUAUUGGCUUUUCGAUCAUUAGCAUAUAUACAAUCCGGCGUUUUGGAAUUUAUAGCACGGUAACUACGGUUAAGUCCACUUUUGUGCCGUGUGCUGAAGAACCGAAUAGCUUAGAUCAUUGGAGAAAACCCCCGUCGAGUUUGCUUCAUUCAAUGAGUGAUAAAGAGCUCUUAUGGAGGGCGUCUUUUGUGCCGAGAAUAAAGAAGUAUCCAUUUAAUAGACUUCCGAAGAUUGCUUUUAUGUUCUUGACCAAGGGGCCUUUGCCACUUGCUCCUCUUUGGGAGAGGUUUUUCAAGGGGCAUGAAGGGCUUUAUUCUGUCUAUAUUCAUUCACUGCCAUCCUUCAAGGCCGAGUUUCCAUCUUCUUCAGUAUUUUACCGGAGGCAAAUCCCAAGUCAAGUUGCUGAAUGGGGAAGGAUGAGCAUGUGUGAUGCCGAGAGAAGGCUCCUUGCCAAUGCCUUGCUUGACAUAUCCAAUGAAUGGUUUAUCCUCCUCUCCGAAUCUUGCAUUCCUUUAUACAAUUUCAGUGUCAUCUACCAGUACAUAAUGAAAUCCAAACAUAGCUUCAUGGGUGCAUUUGAUGACCCCGGUCCAUUCGGCAGAGGACGAUACAAUUAUAAUAUGGUUCCGGAGGUGAAUAUCAGCAAGUGGCGUAAGGGGUCCCAAUGGUUUGAAGUUAACCGAAAACUUGCAAUCAACAUAGUGGAAGAUGUUACCUAUUAUCCUAAGUUUGAACAGUUCUGCCGACCAGCAUGUUACGUGGACGAGCACUACUUCCCCACCAUGUUAACCAUCCAGACACCCAAUCUCUUAGCGAAUAGAAGCAUCACAUGGGUUGAUUGGUCAAGGGGUGGGCCUCAUCCUGGUACAUUUGGCAGAUCAGACAUUACAGUAGACUUCUUCAAGAGAAUCUUGGAAGGUCAUCAGUGUAAGUAUAACGAUCAGCCGAGUUCGAUUUGUUUUCUUUUUGCCAGAAAAUUUGCACCGAGCGCUAUGGAGCCCUUAUUACAGAUAGCACAGAAGGUUUUGGGAUUCUGACUUUUGAGUGAUGAAUAGUGCCAGAUUUUGAUUUUGAUCUUUGAUGAUGAACCAAAAUUUGAGAUGGAGAUUGGAUCCAUGAGCCGGGGGGUAGCAUAUUAGGUCCUCUCUUUGAUCUCAUCUCAUACAAACAUGAAAUUUAACACUCGUCUAAUUUUUUGGAACUCCCAAAACUAAUCUGUAUGUACAGUACAGAUAAUUCAUAAAAUCAAGAAAUAAAAUUUUCGUUAAUAGAAUAUCCAUUAUUAUUUCAUAAUUUAUGGUGAUAUGAGAAUCUGUUAUAUGGAUAUUGGAACCAAAAUCUAUGGCCUGGAUUUAUGGGGUUAAUUUGUUCCCA